AAGUUCUUGUCUCAGGUGACUUUAUUUGCAGUCCACUCUGCUGGCUGCUUCUACUUCUGGCUUGCAACACACUAUCAUGAUUCAUACGAUACAUGGAUUGGAUUUAAGGUUGAAGAUUUCAAAGAUAGAAGUGUGUGGUUUGGUUACACUUACUCUGUGUAUUGGUCCCUUGUCACUCUCACUACAGUAGGCUAUGGAGAUCUGUGUGCCCGUAAUACUGUAGAGAAUGUCUUCACCAUUUUCUAUAUGCUCUUCAACAUUGGCCUCAUAGCUUACUUGAUUGGAAAUAUGACCAAUCUCAUUGUCCACAGUGCAGUGAGAACUUUUGCCAUGAGAGAUGCCAUCAACAAUAUACUGCGAUACGCGAGCAAGAAUCGACUUCCAGAAGGGCUGAAGGAACAAAUGCUGGCUCAUAUGACAAUGAAAUUUAAGACAGCAGAGUUGCAGCAAGAAGUGCUGGAAGACCUGCCGAAGGCAAUAAGAUCUGCCAUUGCUCAGCACCUGUUUUGUUCAACUCUCGAAAACACCUACCCCUUCAAGGGUGUAUCUAAGGACUUCAUCCUCAUUCCAAAUCUUGAUCUGCAAAAUUUAUGGCGGGGUAACAACAUAGGUGUACCUUUUUAUGGUUGUUACACAGGUAUCUGAACUAAAAGCAGAAUACUUUCCACCCAAAGGAUACUACUUCUGCGACAUAGUAUCCUUACAACCUUUUAUAACUGCAGGAUGUUUUAGCAUA